CUUUGGUGUAAAUGCAUGGCAUUUGAAUCAAACUGCUAACUUGACAUUACUAGAAUUUAUAUACAGUUUUUCAUGAGUUUCUAUAAAGGUUACGCAUAAUAUAUGUGUGUUUCAAUUACGUUUAUCUGCGAAAGAUUAGUUUAUGUUUUUCUAAGAUGACUAAAACAUUAGGGUUGAUUUAACAAAAGCAGCUAUUUGAAUAUGUAAAGAACGAAUGUUUUAAGACUCUUUUUAGGAAUGAAUCUGGAUCUGGAUAAGUUUAUUGAGGUUACUGGGAAGUGUGAUUCAUCUGACACACAAACGCACCCACUUCCUGACUGAAGCUGAACACCAGCGUGCAGGAGUUACAGACAUCUGCAAAUACCUGCAAAACAAGGAUUUUCAGAUUUAGUGGACAUCUUCAGCCAUGCAACAAACAUCUGAGAUCACUAAAGUCUACAUGUCGCUGACAGAUGCUUGUGUUGAUGAGUUAUGUGAAUCUGUCACUGCCAGCUGUACUUUAUCAUCCCUCAUCCUAAAGAACAACAGUCAGACAGACGCUUCUAUUCCACGAUUGAUUAAAUUAAUGCAAGACUGUCCAAUCAUGAGCGAGCUGAAUCUGCAGUAUAAUGACUUCAGUGAAGAUUAUUUUGAGUUGAUGGAGAGCUGCCCAAAAAUAGUUUACUAGAGAAAAGCAUAUUUGGCUGGAACAGAUGGACACUUCUGCAUGGCUGGAACAUCUAUGAGAGAUUCAUCCCGGCGAUGCUUUGGGAAGCAGAUGUGUAAACUUGAUACUUCACCCAAAAAUGAAAAUUCUGUCAUCAUUUACUCACCUUUGAGUUGUUCCAAAUGUGUAUACAUUUCUUUGUU